CGACUAGUGUAGGCAGCAAACUAGGGUUUGAGACGCAGCAACUGUUUUUUACUGAAGUCACAUCCUCCACUAUAUAAACAUGAAAGCACAUACACACACAAGAUUUGUUUCCAGUUGAAUCCACACACAGCGGUUCCGCUUUCACAGAUUAACAUCUGGCCGGUGAUAUACUGAGGUUUUAUUAUACAUAAUAGGGAAGACAAUGCUUGUGAUGACUAGCAGUGCCGCAUUUAGUAAUGUUGAAAGCUAAGCUUCUCUCUGUAUUAGGUUUAGGGUGGGAAAAGGUCCAACAAACAACUGCGUAUUUUAUUUUUGUACAGUUUAAAGCGUAUAGCGAGUAGUCGCGUGUACUCAUACAUCGUCUUUAAUUUUAUUACCGAUAACGUUAGAUUUUGUUGUGAAUUGUCAAUGGAUUGCUAACUCGACCCUUAGCCACCCAUUUACACUACUCAUCUGCCUGUAAACUUGAACUGUUUAAUUUGAUCAACAUACAUCAGGAGCUCAGUUUCUUUUACAAACCCAAAUCAUGGCUGCCAUGCGUGUGGAUGCCAAAGUGGUCAUGCUGGGCAAGGAGAGUGUUGGCAAAACCAGUCUGGUGGAGAGAUAUGUACAUCGCCGCUUUCUUGUGGGCCCAUAUCAGAAUACUAUAGGAGCUGCGUUUGUUGCCAAAGCCCUCAAUGUCGGUGAUAAGGUGAUCACGUUGGGAAUAUGGGACACUGCUGGAUCUGAGCGUUACGAGGCCAUGAGCAGAAUCUACUACAGAGGAGCCCGCGCUGCUCUCGUCUGUUAUGACUUGACUGACAGCAGCAGUUUUGAAAGGGCCAGGUUUUGGGUAAAGGAGUUACAGAGCUGUGAAGAGCACUGCAAGAUAUAUUUGUGCGGUACCAAAAGUGACGUCAUUGAGGCCGACCGAAGUACACGACAAGUGGACUAUCAUGAUGUACAAGACUUUGUAGAUGAAAUAGGUGCACAACAUUUUGAGACCUCAAGCAAAACAGGAAAGAAUGUUGAUGAGGUGUUUCAGAAGGUUGCCGAGGACUUCAGUAACUGUGCUUUGGAGUUUAUGCAAGAGGAGAAGGGAGUGGACCUUGGGAAAAAGAAGGACUCUUAUUUUGCCAACUGCUGCCAUAACUGACCCACCGCCGGAAAAAAACUGCUGUAUCAUAUUGUCUAUUUUGGAACGACUGGAAUCAUCUUUUAUAUUCCUUAAAUUAUCAACUGGAGUGUCCAGCCUGAUUGUGUUUCUCAUUUUUGCUGUGCAUUAGGUUGGAAUCAUGCCAUAUGAAGACGAUUCAUAUAUGACAUGCUUUUUCCUUUCUAUUUCUGUGUUCAAGCGAUAAACACACUUCUUUGUCAAGAACACCUUUGAGAAUGUUGACUGAAAUGCAUGGCAAUCCAUUUUACCCAAAACAAAAGAUGGUAGAAGAAAGAAUAAGCUUUAGGGAAAGAUGCCUUUGUCAUUGCCAAAUCUAAAGGCCUAUGCUUUGCACCUUUAAUCAUUUUAUCAAGGUUUCCAUUUUACAUGUCUUUUGAGGAUCGUGAUGUUUACAGGAUAAAGUAUAAACAGUUCUGACAUAUAUAUCCACACUAAGCUGGAGCUUAACUUGUAGUUUUCAUGGAUCUUAGUAAAAGAUGGUUGCCACUAAGAACUGUUGAAAGCUCACACAACCAGGAAAAGCUGUCGUCCCUUGAAAAGGCUAAAAGGAAAAAAGACACUCCUGUUAAGAACACUCAAAAAUAUCUUAAUGUGGGACUUUUUGAAGUAUUACUGUAUUGCAUUUUGUGAAUCGUCUGCAUAAACGCUGCCUGUCGGACGCACCUAUCACCAGAUAUGCUUUUCAUCCUUAAUAGAGCCCAAAGUUUUGUGUGUAAUGUCUAAUAUUAGUAGUAUAUGUCUUUGUCUUGCUGCGAUUCUAAAGCAAACUGAUAUGCAGCGUUUGAUGAAUGUGAUGUUAAUGUUUACAAUGUUUAAUUAUUAUUAUUAUUAUUAUUAUUUAAUUUGACUGGAUAGGAUGUUGUACACAGAGACACUAAUUUGUCAGAUGUGAACGUGAAGAUCUUUGUAUAUAAAGCAGUUUAUAUUUCGCCUGUA